GGACCAACAGGGACCCCGGGGACUGACGGGGACCGACGGGGUCCCCCGGGACUGACGGGACCGACGGGGUCCCCCGGGACUGAGGGGAUCCCGGGGCAUGGCCCCGCUAAGGGGACCAGGGACCCCCUGGGGACCUGA